UUUAUAACCUCAAAGAAAAGGUUGGUAAUAGGGCAAAGAGCAAGAAAGAAUCUGCAGCCUAUGCUACUUGAGCAAGACAGACAGAGAUAGAGAGAAAGAGAGAGAUAGGGAAUAAUGAACAAGAAGGAGGUUUUGAAGCUAGCAAAGGGGUUCAGAGGGAGGGCGAAAAACUGUAUAAGAAUAGCAAGGGAGAGGGUGGAGAAAGCACUGCAGUACUCCUACAGAGACCGCCGCAACAAGAAGCGCGACAUGCGCUCGCUUUGGAUCCAGCGCAUCAACGCCGGCACUCGCCAACACGGAGUAAAUUAUGGUAAUUUCAUGCAUGGACUGAUGAAGGAAAAUAUCCAGCUAAACAGAAAAGUUUUGUCUGAGCUCUCAAUGCACGAACCAUAUAGCUUCAAAGCCCUGGUUGACAUCUCACGAACUGCUUUCCCUGGUAACAAGACGGUCAUUCCAACCCCAGAAAAGAAGGGUCUUUCAAUUCUUGUUUAACUCACAAUUUCUGUCAAUUGUCAUGUGUCCCAUUUAAAGAGAGAACACGGUUAUGCUUGUGUUUUAUCUCAAGUAAAUGACUGUCAAUUUGAGAAAUCAUCAGAAUCUUUUGCCUAAUAACAAAUAUGAACAAACUGUUAUG